AUGGUUGCAGCGGUAGCUAAGCUAGUAAAAAAGGAUAGUAUAAACCAUGACAAUAUAUCUAUUUUCUUAUGGUAUAAACGACCUUUCGCCCGCAUGGAGGUAGCCGUAGUGGCGCCAGUGGUUGGAGCGCCACUAGUGCGUACGCCGCGGCCAGGUUUCGACGUUUUCGAGUGUUCGACCGUCACGUAUCGCCGCAUCGGUGAACAAGCGUUAGCGGUAUGCACAACGUCCCGACUUCUGCACGCACACGAGCGCGAACACAAACACAUUUUCUUAAGCCCAGUUUUGUAA